AUGGCGAAAUUAAAAAAUAAGGGAGCAGGCCUGGGUAAUUACCGGAAGGGAUUAAGCAAGUUUAAAAAAGGCAUUUACGAUUUCGCACCGUUUAUAAUAACGCCCGACGCUACGUUAAAUACGUUGGAAAAGGCCGUUGGAUUACCGGAACAAAAUAUUAAAAAAGCCCCGCAAAUUUCCGACGAUUUCAAAAACCUUUCCGUAAAAAAGCUGCAAAAAAUAAACAACGCGCUAAAGGUUUAA